CUUUCCAUCUUAACUUUAUCAUCAGUUGUAGCAGUUGCUGCCUGGCCCCGUGAAAAGAAGGCUGCUCCAGCCCCAGCUGCUCCAGCCGCCACCAAGAAAGAAGACGAUUUCGACUUGGAAAAAUGGUUCAAUGACUUGACUAAGGAAGAAAGCAAGUAAUUCUUGCACCUUAACCAAUUAUAUAACUUUCUGAUUAAAUACAUAUUCGAUUAACAUGAUAGAGCCUAAUGUAGUACGUUGAUUUCCCAAUUGAGUCGCACAAUAAAACUGACUGCAACAGUCUCCAAAAACAGUAAACCGGGAAUA